AUGAUCGCGGAGGGUGAUUAUGUUGCCGCACAGUGGAUUGGCGGAGGCACACACACCGGAGUCGCCUUUGAUGAUCUGGUAGUUGGAAAACUCGCGAAACCUAACACGGGAAUGAAAAUAUAUUUUUCGGGCAUCACAAUCUUCACUCUGAAAAACGGGAAGAUCACGCAUGAGAUCGCCGAAGAAGGUGGACUGACAGUCCUUCAACAGCUAGGACUUGUCUCCCAGCCAAACCCGGGUAAAGAAAUCAAGUUUGACGUGAACGGAGACCAGAUUUUUUCUUAG